AUGCAAACCUCGGAUGUAUCAGGCAUCCCGAACAAUUCGCGUCUAAUCCCCCCAGGGUCCAAAUACGCGCUCAACGGCGAUACUGGAUUUUCCCACGGUGCCUACAACAAUAAUCACCCUCACUCGGUUCAAGGAUUCUCGGAUCGAAACGCUCGUCGCGCCAAUAUUCCCGCUAUAAACACGAACCCAGGACAACAAUCCGACAUGGCUUCCGGUUUCGAUAUGAACUUCACCCCCCUUUUACCUUCGCAGCUGCUGGUGGGCAGUCCCUUUCAACCUGGAACUCCCUCGGCCUUCCAAUCGCCUCAGUUCGCCAACUUCGGCAGCUUCCCCCAGGCCAAUGGCAAUGGACACGCUCAGAACAACCAGAACCACAUGCACAGCCCGACUCAAGGAAUGCAAAACCAGGGUCUAUAUGGAAUGAUGUCCCCCGACGGCAUGGGUGCAUCUCAGAUGAUGGGCCCUCAGUCGCCCAUCAAUGGUCUCGGAGGUAUGGGCAACGCGGCUCUGGGAAGCCCCCAGGCUUCGGUGGCCCCCGGCAUGCUGUCAGGGACCAGCCGCACUGUUUACCUAGGAAAUAUCCCAGCUGAAACAUCUGCUGAGGAGAUCCUGAACCAUGUGCGUAGCGGCCAGAUUGAGUCUGUCCGUCUGCUCCCUGAUAAGAACUGCGCGUUCAUCUCCUUCUUGGACAGCAGCUCUGCUACGCAUUUCCACUCUGAUGCCAUUUUGAAGAAGCUGGCUAUCAAGGGAAAUGAUAUCAAGGUUGGCUGGGGUAAGCCUUCUCAGGUCCCCACUUCCGUCGCCCUAUCUGUUCAGCAGUCGGGCGCGUCGCGUAAUGUUUACCUCGGAAAUCUCCCCGAAGAGACAUCUGAGGAUGACCUUCGCGAGGAAUUGGGCAAGUUCGGACCCAUUGACACCGUGAAGAUUGUCAAGGAGAAGGCUAUUGGAUUUGUGCACUUCCUCUCCAUCAGUAAUGCGAUGAAGGCCGUCACCCAGCUCCCUCAGGAGCAGCAAUGGCAAGCGCCAAAGCGGGUGUUCUACGGCAAGGACCGUUGCGCGUAUGUGUCCAAGACUCAGCAGCAAAAUGCUGCUCAGUUCUUAGGAAUCGCACCUGGAUACGCGCACGUGCUCAACACUGCGGAUCGUGACUUGAUUUCCAAUGCGCUUGCCCAACAGUCUGUGGCCGCGGCCGCCGUGGCUACGACAGCGGGCGGUGUCAACAACCUUGGUAACCGAACCAUCUACCUAGGAAACAUUCACCCUGAGACUACCAUUGAAGAGAUUUGCAACGUUGUUCGUGGCGGCCUCCUGCACCACGUCCGGUAUAUUCCUGACAAGCACAUUUGCUUCGUCACAUUCAUUGAUCCUACCUCAGCUGCCUCAUUCUAUGCCCUGAGUAACCUUCAGGGUCUGAUGAUUCACAACCGCCGACUCAAGAUUGGCUGGGGCAAGCACUCAGGCCCUCUCCCGCCCGCCAUUGCAUUGGCAGUCAGCGGAGGUGCGUCGCGUAACGUAUACAUCGGCAACUUGGAUGAGGCCUGGACGGAGGAACGCCUCCGUCAGGACUUUUCGGAGUACGGUGAGAUCGAGCUGGUGAACACUCUGCGCGAGAAGAGCUGCGCCUUUGUCAACUUCACCAACAUCGCCAAUGCCAUCAAGGCCAUCGAGGGCAUGCGCAACCGUGAGGACUACCGCCGUUUCAAGAUCAACUUCGGUAAGGACCGCUGUGGAAACCCUCCCCGCCAGGCUGGCAACAACCAGAAUGGCCAGGGUCGCAAUGGAUCCGGCAUGGAAGGCCCUCAGUCACCUACCCCCGCUCUCAACGGAUUCCAGCAGAACCUCAGCCAGUCAGGCUCCCAGUCCAGCCCGACUCGUCCCGCUCUCUCCCCAGCACCCGGCUCUACGGGCUCGCAGAACGGACAGCAGCGCCACCCUCUGCAGACAGUCUCCUCUCCCUCUGGCGUCCUCAACGUCGGAUCUAGCAACCCUCUCACCAUGUACCUGAACCAGAUGUCUGCCCACCAGGCACAGGACCAGGAGAAUGGCCUCAGAGACCCCAUGGCCCUGGCCGGCCUACAGGCACAGUCCCAGCCCCAGCCCCAGCAGUCGAUGUACAACGGUGCAACCAACGGUGACCUCUCCAACGGAAGCAUGGACCCGCCAAUGCACCCACACAAGUCCUCGAACAACAGCUACUUGAGCGUGGGUAACGGCUCCGGCCACGGCCACCACGCCAGCACCAGCAGCCUGAGCGUGCCCCGUGCCUCGCACUCGCGAGCCGUAAGCCUGCCCUCCUUCUCACAAGAGCCCUUCGGUCCUGUCUCUGGCCAGCCAAUCCACCGCGCAGGAGCUGCCCACCAACCCCAGAGCAGCUUUUCUAGCUUCGGCUCUGCUCUCGGCGGCCUCAACCACCCCGGAUUUGGACUGGCUAUUCAAAACGAAAACUCAUUGCCCGGAUGGGCUGAAGAGGAGAUCGGGGCCAAAUAA